AUGGUAAAUUUAAUCUCUGCAACGUCUGAUCAUUCUAAUGAAAUAUCAAUUGAACAACUCAGGUUAUCACUCGAACAAUUGUCAAAUUCAAAAGAAACAUUCUCAAAUAAAAAACGAUCUGAUCUUCGAAUUUUACUUUGUUUUAUGUGUGGUGGAAAUAAUAAUGAUAUUGAAAUAUUUUUUUCUCAAUUAGCAUCACGAUUUUCUCUUGUAACAACAAAUCAAUAUGGAGAUUUAUCCUUUAUUAUUAAUGCAUUUCUUGGUCGAUCCAAUCGAAAAGUUGAAUUCAUUCCUAUUUCAUUUCAUUCGUUAUUUUCUGUUAAAUUAAUUGAUUUUGAUGGAUUUAUAUUAUUCUAUGAUCGUGAUAGAAAAGCUGCUGUUAGUACAAUGACAUAUUUGGAAAAACACAUUUCAACAAAUUUACAAAAUGAAUUAUCAAAAAAAGCUGAUGAUAAUCAAGAAACUAAUGGAACAAUAAUACCACGUCCACCUAUUUAUGUCCUAUGUUGUAUUAAAGAUUCUGGUUUAUUAAAUACGAAAAAAUAUCCUCAAUCUGAAUAUUGUGUUCAAUGUCAUAGUGGAACAAUAAGAAAUUUUGUUGAAUCUCAUCUUGUACCGUUUCUUAAUCAAUGCUGGAUUGCAAUAAAUGGCAAUAUCACUGAUAAUGAUUAUGAGAAAAAUGAAAAUCUUCUUGCAGGUGUUACAUCAUAUUUUAAUCGUACAACUUAUUCAUCAGCUAGUGAUUUAAUGAUAAGUAGUCUUGAACGUACACGUAAACAAUUCACAAAUAAUAAUGAUGAUGAUCGAACAAAUUCACUAAUGUUAUCAAGUAAAUCAAAUGAACAUUCACCUAAACAUCGAUCUUCAUUAUUAACACCAACAAAUCAUGAACAAAUUUUUUCUUAUCGUUCAUUUCCACAUUUAUCGAUAUCAAGUAAUGGUACUGAUGCAACAAUUGUUCCAACAACACCAGUUGACCCAUCUGUAACAAAUCUUGGUUUACUAUCACCAUCAUCUUUAUCGACAUCAUCGAUAUCUGAUAAUCAAUUUAAAAAAUCAACUAGUAUGCGUUUUGCAAAACUUAUGGAACAUCCAAUCGAUGGAAGCAGUUACCAAUCAUCACCUAGUAAUGCAAAUAACGAAAAUUCAUUAACAAUACGUAGACGAAUCAAUGAAAUUCCACCAAGAGUAACAUCUACAGAAGAUAUGAAAUUUCAUUUAUAUAAACAUCGAACUGCUGCUCAUGUUAAAGUUCCAUUAGCUACACCGGAAAUAAUUGAAUUUAAUGAAGCAGUAACAACACCUUUGUCUAUUCAACAACAUUAUGAUAGAUCAUUAGUUUUAACAAAUAAUAAUACAGAUGAUAUACAUCCAGUCAAUUCUUCAUCAUCAUCACCACCUACACUCCAUCAACAAAAUCAUAAUAGUACAAUAGAUGAAUCGAUUACAGAUUCAUCGAAACAAACACGAGCAACAGAUUCAUCUGUUGAUAGUUCAAGUGAUGAACGUUUACAAAAUCAACGUGAAUCAUCAACAACAUUACAGAAUGCAAAUUCACCAACGAAUAAUCAAUCACAACACCAGUGUGUUGUGACUUUACAAAGAAAAGUAUCAGAUAGAAAAUCAAAACGUGUACGAGCUAAACAAAAUGAUGUUACAGGUUUAGCAUCAAGUACUGAAAUUUUAAAGAAAACUGGAUCUGAUGAUGAAGUUUUAGCUGAAAAUGAUAAGCGUUCUCAACAGCAACAAUAUCCGAAAAAGAAACGUCGACCUAGUUUCAAAAGACGGAAGAAAGCUGUUUAUGAUCAAACACAGACUGAUUCGGGAAUUGAUUCUCGAAUGGAUCCAAAAGAUAGAAAUAACGUUAGUAUUGCUCCUGAACCGUCAUCAUCAUCGAAUGUUGUUAUAUCGAAUGAAGAUGAUUCAAGUGUUGGUGACUAUACAAAAGAUAGUAAAAAUACAUCUAUUGAAGAACUCGAAGAACGACCAACAGCGAAUUGGAUUCGCCGUCAACUACAAUACUUUGCUCAAGUUCGACGUGAUAAAAAUGAUCCAAAAACUCGUUCUCCUGCUACAACAAUUACAUCAGUAUCUUCACCUCUACCAAUUUUAUAUAAAGCAACAACGACAUCAACUCCUCCACAUACAACUGCAUCUCUUCUAUCAUCUGUUGAAAAUUCUCAGCAUCAUAUUCCAAUUCGUUUAUCAUUAAGUCGCUGUGCUCAAUCAAAUGAAUCAGGUGUACCAUUAUUUAUGGAAAAAUGUAUUCAAUUUAUUGAAGAAUAUGGUUUAGCUAUUGAAGGACUUUAUCGAGUUUCAGGCUAUAAAAAUCAAGUUGAAUUAGUUAUUAAUAAACUUAUUGAGGAUCCAUCUUAUGAUCUUCGUUUGUUACAAGUUCCAGCAAGUGCCGUAGCAACAGCAUUAAAAGAUAUGAUGAGAAAACUUGAUGAACCACUUUUAUCAUUAGAAUUAUUUGAUGAAUGUCAAAAUUUAACGAUUGAUCAAUUAAAAGAACAAAAUUUUCUUCCAUUACGAAAAGCUUUUUCUCGUACAAGUGAACUUAAAUAUCGAACAAUCAAAUUUAUUUUUAAACAUCUUCAUUUUGUUUCACAAUAUGCUUCAUCAACUCAUAUGGAUUCAUCAAAUUUAGCUGUUUUAUGGUGGCCGAAUUUAUUUCAACCACAAUUUCCCGAUUUACGCACAGCUGAACAAAAAUGUCAAAAAACUAAACCAUUAAUUCAAGCAAUUAUCGACAAUUAUCCUACGAUUUUUUCUUCUAAUGAAAUAAAACAACAAAAUAGCUAA